AUGUCGUGCAACGCUGCGGAGCUACUUCCUCUCCUAGGCGGCACAGAUAAUGCUAGCGCCGCUGCUUCGUACCUAUGUGACCGUUUUACGACGGUGACAUACGCCGUGGACAACACGUACUUGUUGUUCUCGGCGUACUUGGUGUUCGCCAUGCAACUUGGGUUCGAGAUGUUGUGUGCUGGCUCGGUUCGGGCUAAGAAUAUGAUGAAUAUCAUGCUUACGAAUGUUCUAGAUGCGGCUGUUGGCUCGCUUUCGUAUUACUUAUUUGGAUUUGCUCUUGCUUUUGGUGCCCCUUCUAAUGGUUUUGUUGGGCGUCAUUUCUUUGAUCUUAAGAACAUUGUUGGGCGUCAAUUAGAGAUGAUAAUAUUCCAAAGAAAAUUACCGAAGAUCAACGCCGGUCGAUCCUUAAAGCUCACUUGA